CUCUACCAUAGACUGUCUCAAGCUCAACUCUCCGUGCCGCUAUUACUGCAAAUGUAUGUAGAAGAUCGAGUUACAAGUACGCCCCAUCUUUAAACUCUUGUCUCUGCGCAGUUAGCCGAAGGACAACGCGACAGGCAAUAUACGUCCUAUGCCAGCCGUCAGACAAGGGUCAACGCCUAUGCCUUGACUACACUCUCUGGUUGAUGGGCAGCUAUCACAUCUACCGGGAAUAAAAGACAUGAUUGAGACAAUGGAUACCCAGCGUGCCUUGCAGGCAGUGGAGCGGCUCCAGGCCAAGCUGAAGGAGCGGGGGGAGGUCCCCACUGAGGAGAAGCUAAGCUUGCUCAAGUCGGUGCUCCAAAGCCCCCUGUUCCACCAGAUUCUGGCCCUGCAGAAGUCUGUCCAGCUCCUCAAAGACCAGGGGGGUGGUGUCACAGCAACAUUUGGCGAUGACCUGAGUGAAUGCUACACAACAGCCCAUGCCAAUGGCAGCCAUCCUGCCUACCCAGAAUCCUCCACUGGUACACAGAUCAAUGGGAAGCCGUCUCCUGAGGAGUUUGAGCACAUCAUUCGCUCCAUGGCUCAGGGGCGCUACGUGACACACAUGGAGCUGGUGAAGCCGCUGUCUGGGGGCCUAGGCUUCAGCGUGGUUGGUCUGAGGAGUGAGAACCGCGGGGAGCUGGGCAUCUUCGUCCAGGAGAUCCAGCCCGGGAGCGUGGCCCACUGCGAUGGGAAUCUGAAGGAGACAGACCAGAUCUUGGCCAUAGACGGUCAGCCCCUGGACCAGACAGUGACCCACCAGCAGGCCAUAGGCAUCCUGCAGAGAGCGUCUGAGCGUGUGCAGCUUACUGUGGCCAGAGGACCCAUCCCUCAGCUGGCCAGCCCCGUGGUGUCCCGCACGCCCUCCGCUGCCAGCACCCUGUCUGCCUACUCCAGUGCGGCCCACUGGAAUCAUGUGGAGACCAUCGAGCUGGUCAACGACGGGACAGGCCUGGGCUUUGGCAUUGUGGGAGGAAAGAACACCGGUGUCAUUGUCAAAACCAUCCUGCCUGGAGGCAUCGCUGAUCAGGAUGGGCGUCUGCACAGUGGGGACCACAUCCUCACGAUUGGGGACACUGACCUUUAUGGCAUGGGCAGUGAGCAGGUGGCUCAGGUCCUGAGGCAGUGUGGUAACAGAGUGAAGCUGGUCAUCACCAGAGGCCCUCCAGAGGAGACCUCCAUCGUCCCAAUGGCGUUGCCCACUGUCACAGAGCAACAGGGCUAUGAGGAAGAGGAGGCUGAAUCGUUCGACGUUGGGCUGACCAAGAACGCCCAGGGUCUGGGAAUCACUAUCGCCGGCUAUGUGGGGGACAAAAAUUCCGAGCCCUCUGGUAUUUUCGUGAAAAGUAUAACUAAAGACAGUGCAGUAGAGCAAGAUGGCCGCAUCCAUGUUGGGGACCAGAUCAUAGCCGUGGACGGGAUGAAUAUCCAGGGCUACACCAACCAGCAGGCCGUGGAGGUGCUGAGACACACGGGCCAGACGGUUCACCUGAAGCUGGUCAGAAGUGGCUUCCGUCCAGAGGACAUCCCACCCGCUGUGGUGCCCAGUGUGAUCGUACUUCCACCAACCCCAGGGGGCCGAGACCCCACACUGGAGAGAACAGAUGUUGUGGACACCACCGCUCAAGGUGAGAAACAGUACCAGGCAUUGAGUGGGGAAUCGGAUGACUCCACUGUGAAGGAUCAGUUAACUAAGAACACCAGAGAAGAAGCAAAGUUAACAGAGGAUGAAGAGUUGGAGCUGAUGAAGAAGUGGCAGGAGACGCUCGGCCCCAGCAACAAAGUAGUGAUUGCCCAGGUGGAGAAGUUCAGUGAGAGCAGUGGUCUGGGCAUCAGUCUGGAGGCCAACAACGGGCACCACUACAUCCGCUCUGUCCUGCCCGAGGGGCCAGUGGGCCGCUGUGGGAAACUCAUCAGUGGGGACGAACUGCUCGAGGUCAAUGGAAUAUCCCUGAUUGGUGAGACCCACAAGGAAGUGGUGAGGAUUCUGAAGGAGCUUCCUGUCUGUGUCUACAUGGCCUGCUUUAGGCCCGUCCCUCUCCUUCAGAGUGACAGGGAUUCUGGCCAAACAGGGUUGGAUGAAUUUUCCACUGAACCUAAAAUUAAGAUACAGGGAGACCUCAGCAGUUUCCUGGUUCCCGGAGGUUCCGAGGGGGCGGCAACAAGGGAAAAUGUGACGGAGGAGACUCUGGGAGCUCCUUUGGCCAUGUGGGAGACGGAAAUACAGGACAUCGAGCUGGAGAAGGGAGAGACUGGACUGGGAUUCAGCAUCUUGGACUACCAGGACCCAAUGGAUCCGGCCAAGACAGUGAUCGUGAUUCGCUCUCUGGUGCCAGAAGGAGUUGCCGAACGGGAUGGCAGGCUUUUGCCAGGCGAUCGGCUCAUGUUCGUCAACAGCACCAAUCUGGACAACGCCAGUCUGGAGGAAGCCGUCCAGGCACUGAAGGGGGCCAACAUCGGCAUGGUUCACAUUGGGGUGGCCAAGCCACUGCCUCCAUACAAUGAAGAGGACAGUCCGUCGUCAUCCUCUGGAAUGAGUUUUUUUUUAUUUUCAACACUGCUGGUUAAAGAAAGCGAUGAGGAGGAGCCAGCGGAGGAUCACCUUUUCCGGGCAGAGCCUGCAUUGAUUGACUCCAAUGAGGGAGACCUGACCGAUGAGAGGGCAUUGGAGCAUCGCUUCUCUGGCAAUGAGGAUGACACCUUACAGGCAUCCAUGAUCGCCCUGCACGGCAGCACCUGCAGCGCCGAUAUGGACUACCAGACUACCUUGCAGUCCUCCACACCCAAACGGAGUGCUCGCCUGGACUUGUUGACUGAGCAUCCCUUGGUGACGUUGUUCGGCCUUGCGGACGACACUGAACCCUUCUCCCCGGAGGAGAAGCCCAUCGUUUCCCCCCUGCCCAGGAGUAUUGGAGGUCACGCCCUAACGGUUGACGAUAACGCACUAACUAGCUCCGAUCAGUACCUGGUGCAUCACUUAACCCAAAUGGAGCCAUCGGAUCUGUCAAACUCAUACAGUCCGUACACUGACCCUGAGCCUGGUUUGAAUGAUUUGGGGGAGCCGGUGCAGUCUCUCCAUUUUCAGGUGGAGUCCACCAUGGCCGUUGAGGACAUAGGGGAGAUGGAAGGCUUAAUGAAGGGGGAUGAGCCAUCUGUAAAGCAGUCCAAAGAGGAAGGGGAUGAGGUUAUAAUCACUGGGAGUCAUUUUGAAAGGACAAUCACUGUUGUCAAGGGCAACUCCAGUCUCGGAAUGACAGUGAGCACAAUCAAGGAUGGCUUGGGGAUGUACAUCCGCAGCAUCAUCCACGGAGGUUCCAUCAACCGAGACGGCCGUCUGGGAGUGGGGGACCUAAUCCUAGUCAUCAACGGAGAGUCCAUGGCCAACCUGACUAACACCCAGGCCCGCGCCAUGCUCCGGAGACACUCCCUCAUCGGGCCAGACUUGGGAUCUGCUUGUGCCCCAGAGGAAGAUCUGUGCCCUUUUUAUGUCAUUACCUAUGUCCCUGUGGAGUAUCUGGAGGAGUAUAAGACUAGCCUGGAGCAGCCUAAAGAUGACAUCUGCUCUGAUGCACCUCUGGCCCCAAUAAGAGGAAUCCCAGAACUUCCUGAGCGGGAGGAUGGAGAGGGAGAGGAGAGUGAGUUACAGACCGCCACCUUCAGUAACUGGAACCAGCCUAUGAAGGUGGAGCUCAAAAGAGAAGCGGGCAAGUCCCUUGGCAUCAGCAUUGUGGGGGGCAGAGGGAUGGGCAGUCGCCUUAGCAACGGUGAGGUGAUGCGGGGCAUCUUCAUCAAACACAUCAUGGCGGACAGCCCCGCCGGCCGCAAUGGAACCCUGAAGACUGGAGAUAGGAUUGUUGAGGUGGACGGUGUGGACCUGAGUGAUGCCAGUCACGAGCAGGCUGUGGAGGCCAUCCGCAGGGCAGGAAACCCUGUAGUGUUCCUGGUCCAGAGUAUCGUCCACAGGCCCAGGUCCUCAACCACGGACACCAACGAGGAGAGAGUGGCGCGGCGCAAUAGUGACAAGCCGCCAAAGCGGGAAGCGGGAAAGACAUCGUCCACCACUCCUCACCUCUCUCUUCCUGUGGUUCCCCACGUUGGAGAGACAGACACGGAUACUCUGACAGAGAUUCCCGACAGACCGUCCCAGACAGAAGAGGAGGAUAAGUUUGGCUACAGAUGGAAGAACAUCAGUCAGAGGUACGACAGCCUCCCAGGGCUUCUCCACAUGAUUGAGCUGGAGAAGGGGAAGACUGGCCUGGGCCUUAGCCUGGCUGGCAACCGUGACCGCUCCCGCAUGAGUGUGUUUGUGGUCGGGAUCGACCCCAGUGGAGCCGCCGGCAAAGACGGUCGCGUUGUGGUCGGUGAUGAACUGUUGGAGAUCAACGGGCAGAUUCUGUAUGGGCGGAGUCACCAGAAUGCCUCCUCCAUCAUUAAAAGUGCCCCAUCGAAGGUCAAGAUCAUAUUCAUCAGGAACACAGAUGCUCUCAACCAGAUGGCUGUGGGACCAGUGAGGGAGCAUGGAGACACACUGGAGCCCCAGACAGAGCUGGAAACAUGUUCUUCCAUUGCACCCUCGGCGAUCGAUGUCGACAUGUUCAAAUAUGUGCAGCACGUCAUUCUGCUGAAGGAGGAGGGUGGAUUCGGCAUCACUUUCAGUGAGGACACCAAGGAUGGGAUUGUGAUUCAGAGUAUAACUGAAAAAGGACCAGCAGGAAAGGACGGCAGCAUCAAAUCUGGAGAUAAACUCCUGGCUGUGGAGGAUAAGCCAGUGAUGGGCUACACUGUGGACAGGGUCCACUCUUUACUGAAGAAGGCCAAAAGCUCAGUGAAAUUGACUAUCUGCACAGACAAGUCAUCGCCCCUUCUCCCUCACUGUACCGGUCAGGCAACCAGCCUAGCCAGCAUUCAUAGAAUCUCCAUGGCUACCCUGGGCCAGUCUGAGUCAGAGCCAAUCAGGAGCUCUAGCCGCUCAUCUACCCCUGGCACUCUGGCUUCCUCUGACCCUGUGACCUGUCCCAUCAUCCCCGGCUGUGAGACCACCAUAGACAUCUCCAAGGGCCGCACAGGUCUGGGCCUCAGCAUCGUGGGGGGCUGUGACACUCUACUGGGGACCAUCAUCAUUCACGAGGUCUAUGAGGACGGAGCUGCCUCCAAGGAUGGGAGACUUUGGGCAGGGGACCAGAUCCUGGAGGUGAAUGGCAUUGACCUGCGCGUCGCCACUCAUGAUGAAGCUAUCAACGUGCUGCGCCAGACCCCUCAGCGGGUGCGUCUCAGUGUUUACAGGGACGAGGCUCAGUACAAGGAGGAGGACCUGUGGGAUGCCUUCACCGUGGAGCUGAACAAGAAGCCCGGCCAGGGCCUGGGCCUCAGUAUCGUGGGGAGAAGGAACGACACAGGGGUGUUUGUGUCCGACAUAGUGAAAGGGGGCGUGGUGGAGAGUGACGGGAGGCUGAUGCAGGGAGACCAGAUCCUGUCCGUCAACAAGGAGGACGUCAGAAAUGCCACCCAGGAGUUAGUGGCCGAGCUGCUGAAGUGUGGUGUGGGACCCAUAGUAAUGGAGGUGGGCAGAUUUAAAGCCGGGCCCUUCCACUCUGAGAGGAGGUUCUCACAGAACAGUCAGAUGAGUGAAACAGGCAAGGUGACCCCUCACUCUCUGUCAGCCUCCUCUGGAAGCCUCCAAGUGGACUGUGACAGCUUACAACACACAAAUCAGGAGUCACUGGACCACCAGGAGAUCAGAAGUGUUGAAUUCACUAAGGGCCCCACUGAUUCCUUGGGCAUCAGUAUUGCGGGUGGGGUGGGCAGUCCCCUGGGUGAUGUGCCCAUCUUCAUCGCCAUGAUAAACCCUACUAGCCUUGUUGUCCAGACACACAAACUCAAGAUCGGUGACAUUAUCGUCAGUAUCUGUGGGACUGCUACUGAGGGUAUGAGCCAUAGCCAGGCCGUCACCCUGCUGAAGAACGCCACCGGCACCGUCGGGCUUCAGGUGGUAGCAGGGAGUGAUACCACAGUGACCGGCCCCUUUCAUGAGCAGACCGCUACCGGACUCUCAGUCUCAGGUCUUACUGCUACUAGCAUCUUCCACGAUGACCUGGGACCUCCUCAAUAUAAGACUAUCACACUGGACAGAGGCCCAGACGGACUGGGCUUCAGCAUCGUUGGUGGCUUCGGGAGCCCACACGGAGACCUGCCCAUUUAUGUGAAAACCGUGUUCGGAAAGGGGGCAGCAUCAGAGGACGGGCAUCUGAAGCGAGGGGAUCAGAUUAUGGCUGUUAACGAACAGAGUCUGGAGGGGGUCACCCACGAGGAUGCCGUGGGCAUCCUGAAGAGGACCAAAGGAACAAUCACCCUGACUGUGCUUUCCUAGAUGCACACAUAGACAAAGAAUCAUACCUCGAGGUAGACACACACAUACACACCUAAAGAAAUAUAUACUGUACAAGUAUACUGAAAUGUGAACACACUACCAUAUGUUCCUAAGCGCUAACCUUGUUUUGUAGCAAGAAACACUGUGAUCAAUAUUAUUUGAAGCUACUGCGGGUAGACUGACGUAUUCACUGGACACUGUGGCUCAGAUCAUCUAUACUCUAGUUUUCUGUGCUCGGACAUGGACUGUAGUGUUAUGAUAUUUAGGGUUAAUAACCCUUGAAAAAAUUUCUAUAGAAUGAGGGCCAUUAUUUAAGGCUUAUGCUACUGUAAACUGCUGUCCGUCCACUUCUAUAUUGAAGUCACUGUGGAUCUAGCGAAGAGACAGAGCAAGUCUAGACUCUUUGAAUAACAUUUCAGUCAUUUUUGAGUAAGGUUUUAUCUGUGAUGCAAAGCACCUUUUCAGAAGGGACAUGGUCUGAAAUCUUUGGUUUCUUGGUCAGAAGUUAUACAGACCAAGUCUACGUGUGUGUGUACGUGGUCACAGUCAGGGAAAGGAGAGUGUGUGUGUAUGAGACAUUCACUGCUGCUAAUGCAUAUGAUGAUGUGAAGCCUUGUUUUACACUAUUUUAACGUUCAAUUAUUAAUCGUUUUUUUUCUGUCAUGACCGUACUUUGUCAUAAUAUGAUAGAAGGUGAAACCAGCCAACUUCUAUGGUCUAUCUCAGUGGUCUCCAACCCUGGUCCUGGAGAGCUACUGGGUAUGCAGGCUUUUGCUCCAACCUAGCACUUGCACAGCUGUUUCACAUAAUCAACCGUUGACAUUCUUCAAUAUGGACCACGAUUAGCCUAAUCAAGUGUGUUAGUGUUGGGUAGGAGUUGGAGCUCCCUAUCUAUCUCAAACAUUAGCUGGAUACCCCAUGUUCUAGUUUCACAAUAAUGGAUCCCCUAUUCAACAUGACGUCAGUCACACUCUUGUCACCCACCGUACAUGUGUACUUAGUAUUUCCAGCACAGUAUUGAGUUGUUCACAGGCUGAAUUAAUAAAAAUUACCUUCAAACCCCA